AUGGCAGAUAAUACUGUUUCCUUUUAUAACAUCGGCCACAAACCUGGUCACUUCGUGGAGGUGGAGGGCUUCAUUCCGGAGGAUUGUAAAGAGUUUGCCAUCAUCUUGGUAACAGAUGAGAAGAAUCUUGUGCUACACUUUAGUCCUCGAUUUGACUAUCUUGAAGACCAGCGCACGAUAGUCUUGAACUCAAUGGUGGACAAUGUCUGGGGAGAAGAGCAGAGGGAAAGUUUCUUCCCCUUCCAGGAGGGAUCAGACACCACGGUUUGCUUCCAGUUUGAGCUAGACAAGAUCACCAUACAAUUACCUACCGGAAAUCCUCUCUCAUUUCCAGUCCGCUUUACCAUAGAGGAGAUCUCGUACUUGGCCGUGAGAAACCUCCAACUCAAGGAAGCAGGAUGGCAGACAAUAUUGUUUCCUUUUAUAACAUCGGCCACAAACCUGGUCACUUCGUGGAGGUGGAGGGCUUCAUUCUGGAGGACUGUAAAGAGUUUGCCAUCAUCUUGGGAACAGAUGAGAAGAAUCUUGUGCUGCACUUUAGUCCUCGAUUUGACUAUCUUGAAGACCAGCGCAUGA